AUGUUAUUAUUUAAAGUAAUGUCAAGUGUAGAGCUAAUAUUGUGGGGAAAAAAAGAAUAAAACCUAGCUCAUCCGGCAACUUGUAGUGGUCAGUGCGUCACUUCCGUUGCUCGCCCCUUUCUCCGAUCUCCUGUCGACUGUGUGAUCCGCGUGUUUACACACUCCCAGGUCAGUCCAAGCUUCUGUACCCCCAGAGCUCUUUCUACUCUCGUAUAUUUUUGAGUAUAGUUGAAACAACAGUCCCCUGCCCUAAAUAUUUCAUUUUUGUGCGAGGAAAAUGUCCGGUUUACCCAAAUGCUGGCAUAACUUUGAAGGGGCCUGAGCUAGCACUUUAGCCGGGCUUGCUAACUAGCCGGCAGUUUUAGUUGUCAUACACAAAAACUCUGAGUAAAAAAUAAGCUUCACAUGUUCACGGCUGAAGGAAAAAGCCACAGUGUACCACUUCUCUUUACUUUAGGAGUAAAGCUUUUAAAGUAAUAAAUGAAACAGUCCAUUUAACUCUGAAAACUCUUAACUUCGCCCCUAAGUUGGUCUGAUCACCUCUGUCAGAUUCCUUCAGAACUUGAGUCCGGACUAAAAAAGUGUGCUGCUAUUUUGAGCUCCAUGCAGCUGUGCAUUCUUGUUAGUAAGUGUGCUGUACUAAAGGCUAGGGGUUUGGGGAAGUUUGUGGUCUGUCUGUCCUUCCAGUCCUGGUUUCAGAUGUCAUUACAUUUCUUUUCAAGUUAGUCAGUUGGUUUACUGUGCAUGUCAUUCUGUCACUGAUUAUAUCAAAUUUGACUGUUGCAUUUUUAUUUGUCCUCUGCAAAUACUAAAAUCCACCAUGUGUGUUUCACUGUUUCAGAUGAAGGAGUCCAUAAUGAACCAGGAGAAGCUUGCCAAACUGCAGGCGCAGGUCCGCAUAGGCGGCAAGGUGAGUUUGAGUGAUCCACACCCACACAGCAGAAACAUUUUUCUGUUUAAAGACUUUCCUUUGAUUUGUAUAUGACGGCUGUUUGUUCUCUUCAGGGGUCAGCCCGCAGAAAGAAGAAGGUGGUGCACAGGACAGCGACAGCAGAUGAUAAGAAGUUGCAGUUCUCCCUCAAGAAACUGGGUGUCAACAACAUUUCAGGCAUCGAGGAGGUCUGUUGUGCACGCAGAUAAACAGGCAGACAGUGGUCUUUAUUUUGUAGGAUUUAUGACUUAUGACUUAUUGCAAAUGUGUAAAAAACAUGAAAGCAAUCAAAUUUGGGACAUUGUCAACGAUCUGAAUUUGAUCAUUUUCCAAAAUACAUGCGUAGUGAUAAAGCCUUGAUUAUGUUGCCUGAUGAGUAUCCUGCGUUGGUUGUUGUUGGCUGUGUCGUCAUAAUAAGAAAGCUUACCAUUUGUUUUGUCUUUUUUUCCUCCUCCAAAUCUUCUGGUGCUCAACUGUAGGUGAAUAUGUUCACAAACCAGGGAACAGUGAUCCAUUUCAAUAACCCCAAAGUUCAGGCCUCCUUGGCUGCCAACACCUUCACAAUCACAGGGCAUGCUGAGAACAAGCAGCUCACAGAGAUGCUCCCAGGAAUCCUAAACCAGCUGGGAGCUGACAGUCUGACCAGCCUUAGGAGAUUAGCAGAGACUCUGCCCAAACCAGGUACCUACGACAUUCUCAGUGAUGCAUGUGCAUGUUUAGCUCAUGGGUAUGACGUCUGACAACAUUUAGCUGAUUGUUUAUCUUCCCCUGUCAUAGCUGGAGAGAACAAAGCCCCCAUGGUUGCUGCUGAAGAGGAAGAUGAUGAGGUUCCAGGUAAGCAAAUAACCUUUUUCAAGAUUUGCAUAAAUUCUGUGAAGAAUUGAAGCACAAAACAGUUCCCAAGGGACUGUCCUUCUAAGUUUAUUUGUUUUGGUUUUUUUGCUGGGUAUAUAGCAUCUAAUCUUUUCAAAUUACACCCACAUUUUCAGUUUCAGUGUAUCUGAAGAUAAGCCUCAUGUUCUCUUGUUUUCACCUUUCUCUAUCCCUCUGUCUUUAUUUUCAGAUCUCGUUGAAAACUUUGACGAGGCUUCAAAGAACGAGGCAAACUAGACGCUGACUGUUACAAGACUCCUCUUGACGCAUCAGACUUUGACACAGCAGCAUUUUUUAGUUGUUCAUCUGUUAUUGCCCUUUGCUUUCUAGCAAAGUUGCUUUUAAUUGUAACAUUUCCAGUUGGACUAAAUGACUUCAAAUUCACUUUUUAUGGUCAUUAACAGCCACCCCUUUGUCUGAUUUGCCUUGCUUUGCUGUACCGGUGAAAUUAUUUAACUCAGUGGAAUGUGCAAACCUUUCUAUUUCUGCCUCUCCUGCGUUGUGAUACCCACACAUCCAAAAUGUAUUGGUGGAAUAAUCAAGUAAUAAAAAAAAUCACUGAUACAUCCCA